AUGCCAUUUAGCAAAGCAUGGCGUAAUGCGGUGUAUCCCGACUUCCAGGAGCAGGGAGCGUACAUUAACUACAAAGCUACAAAAGAUAUACUUCAUCGUAUGAAGGAAGAUAUCGCCAACCCAACCACCCCUGAUGAGCUUUACAGUUCACUAAUAGAGCAAAAGUGCCGAGUGUAUAAGUGGUGUGAGAAAAAAGUAAAAGAACUUUUAAUGGUUGCUGAGGCCCUCGACGCGGCAUGUGAGUACCUUACAGAUGAGGAGACACCAACAAACCUUAGUUUGGUUCUCAACACUUUGGGAAGUGGUAAAGUGAAGAAUAUUCCUCCUAAUGAAGCACGACUGGUGGCAGAUGCUAUUAUGCAUGAACUUCUUCGUUUUGUUGAAUGUCGUAAUUUAAACAUGGAUACCAUUGAACAUAUUAUUGGACGUAUGUAUCGUUAUGCUGUUUUGGGACCUACAGGAGAUCGAUGGAAAAAUAUUAAUACUGAAUAUGACUUUUAUGAACUCUCUAUUGAUGAGAUAUUUUAUCUUCUUUCACGAGUGUACGACCGUGUACUUGAAGCAGAAAAUAUGCGUAGUGUUAAACGGUCUGGUAUUCCUGCUGGAACAGUUGGUACACAAGUUUUUGAUCGUCGUUCCGUAAAAUAUUGGGUACAUCUACAAGAUCUACCUUUUGUUAUUGCUCGUAUUAUUCCACAUUUACCGUUAAGCACUUUUAAGGAUACGUAUAAAAUAAGCAAAGAGACUGGUCUUCCUUUUAAAUUGGGUUCACCUGUCAGCAGUGUGUAUUGGGAUAAUGCUAAAUUUCUUCUUUACCAUCGUCGUCUUGAAAGACUAGAAGGUGCAACACUUAUUCGUAUGCGUUGGUAUGGAGAUACAUUUGAUCCAGAUUGGAAUAAAUUGGGUCCAGAUGAUAAUGUUUUUAUGGAGAUUAAGGUUCACCAUGAAGCAUGGAGUGGAGAACGAAGUAAUAAACGUCGUUUUGCCCUUAAAGAAAAAGAGGUAGACCAAUACGUACAUGGAGACCUUAGCCUUAUUCCUGCUGUAAAUAAAUUACGUGCAAAGAAUGCUUCUGAAAAGCAAGUACGGGAUUUUAUGUUUUUGGCUACAGAAAUUCUUACAAAAAUUCAUGCAUAUGAUCUUAAACCAGUACUUCGAACCCAAUGUUGUCGUGCUGCUUUUCAAAGAGGUGUAGAUCAAUCUAUACGAGUCAGUAUUGAUACAGAUCUUCGAAUGUCCGCUGAAGAUUUUGGAUUAGGUCAUCAUUGGAGAUAUAAAGGAGUGGAUUCACCUGUUUCUCACUUUCCUUAUGCUGUGGUGGAAAUUAAAUUACAAUGUGCUGAGAAUGAACGUAUUGCACCUUGGAUUGAAGAAUUAAUGAGUUGUCGAUAUAUGGAAAGCGUUCCAAAGUUUAGUAAAUAUGCACAUGGUAUUGCAUCCUUAUAUGGUCAUACCCCUUUUAUCAAGAUGGUACCUUAUUGGAUGCAUCAACUUGAUAUUGAUAUUCGCGCCUCUACGAAACCCGAACAAAAUCAAUGGGAUCCCACUGUAGGAAUCGCCUCUGGCUGUUGGGAACGCACAACAGAUCGAUUAAUCUUCGGUGUGGGUCACGCACAGACACAAACCGUCGGGGCAUCAGAGGCUCGUUUUCUACCACGCACAGACUAUACACGUAUUUAUCAGAAAGUAUUGAAAAGUGUAAGAAUUGAGAAAGGGGAAGGAGAUUCCGAUACACAGUCCAUAAGCAGCACUGGACAACAACAACAACAACAACUCGCUCCUGUUGUUCAAUAUGAUGUGGAUCGACGUCAUAAUGCCUACACUGUAUUUCAUCUCUAUCCUUACGCUGAGUAUGGAGUGGAAUCUCUUUGUUUCAAUCCUGCAGGAGGGAAAAAUGCUGCUGCUGAAGUUUUCUCAGGUCUUAUACCGUGGCAAACAGGAAAACGUAUUCGCGUUCCCCAGAAAUAUGAUCCCAAGACCUUACUAACAUCUGAACGAUAUAUGGUGAAAUGGGCAGAACAGGCAACCCGACUUGGUUUGGCAGGAUUGGCUGUAAUUCGCUUUGGUAACAGUAUGAGUUUACCAAAUGAUGUUGUACAAUUACCUUCUUUCUGGAGAUCCAAUUUUCAUAUUAUUUUGGGUACAACUAUGGUUGCUAUUGCUGUACUUACUUUGGGUUACGCAUAUAUUACGUUUAAAGCACGUGCGCGGCGUGUGUACGCUAGAAAAAAGAUACGCUACGAUGAUAAGAAUGGUCCAACAGCCUUAACGUUUAUUCUUAUUGGUGGACUCCUUAUCACGGCAAUGACACAUAUAAUGAUACGCUAUGGACCUAUGCUUACAGGAAAUGAUGAGUUUUAG